AUGAAAAGUGUCAAUAGUCAAUUAAGUGACGCUCCAUGAAUGUCUGCCCACAGACCGAGCAACUAUUAUUCUGUCAACUCUCUCACAAAUGGAGUUUCUGCACCUUGUAAUUUUCUUCAUUGUUCUUUCCAUAAAAAGGGUUGGCUGUGGCAAUCAAUUUAGCAGAGAUGACUUCCCUCCUGACUUUGUCUUCGGCUCAGGUAGCUCAGCUUAUCAGAUUGAAGGUGCAGCUGCUGCAGAUGGAAGGACUCCAAGCAUAUGGGACACUUUUGCUCACUCUGGAACUUCGCAUGGAGCUAAUGGAGAUGUUGCAUGUGAUCACUAUCAUAAAUAUAAGGAAGAUGUCCAACUCAUGGUAGACACUGGUUUAGAAGCCUACAGAUUUUCCAUUUCAUGGUCGAGACUUAUCCCAAAUGGAAGAGGACCGGUUAAUCCGAAGGGUUUACAGUAUUACAACAAUCUCAUCAAUGAAUUAAUCAGUCAUGGAAUCCAGCCACAUGUUACAUUACAUCAUCAUGAUCUUCCACAGGUGCUUGAAGAUGAGUAUGGAGGAUGGCUUAAUCGAAAGAUUGUGAAAGACUUCACAGCUUAUGCAGAUGUAUGCUUUAAAAGGUUUGGUGACAGGGUUUCAUACUGGACAACUUUGAAUGAGGCCAAUGUGUUUGUACUGGGAGGCUAUGACCUUGGAUUUCUGCCGCCCCAACGUUGCUCUUUACCGUUUGGAAUUAACUGUUCUAGAGGCAACUCAUCAUCUGAGCCAUACAUAGCAGCUCAUCAUAUCUUGUUAGCACAUGCAUCAGCUGCAAGAUUAUACAAGAAAAAGUAUAAGGAAAAGCAACAUGGAUAUAUAGGACUCAAUUUGUUUGCGUAUUGGUUUGUUCCUUUUAGAAAUACAACAGAAGAUGCAAUUGCCACUGAAAGAGCAAACGAGUUCUACCUUGGUUGGUUUGUGAAUCCAUUGGUAUCUGGAGAAUAUCCUAUCUCAAUGAAGAAGAAUGCUGGCUCGAGAAUGCCAGACUUCACCAAUCUGGAAUCCAUGCGGGUUAAGGGUUCAUUUGACUUCCUUGGAGUCAACUAUUACAACAUAAUGUAUGUCAAGGACAAUUCUGACAGUCUAAAGGACGAACAUAGAGAUGUUAAUGCAGACAUGGCAGUACAGCUGAUACCCAUGCUUGAUAACUCAUCAACAUUUGAGUUUCCUGUUGCACCUUGGGGUCUGCAAGGAGUGCUGGAGUAUUUUAAGCAACUUUAUGGCAACCCUCCUAUUUACAUCCAUGAAAACGGUCAGCGGAUGCAACGCAAUUCAACGUUAGAAGAUUGGCCAAGGGUUAAGUCUUUGUCCGAAUACAUAGAAGGUUUGCUUCCCUCAUUGAGGAAUGGAUCAAAUGUUAGAGGCUAUUUCACUUGGUCCUUCCUAGAUCUAUUCGAGAUGUUGGACGGCUACGAGUCAGGCUACGGGCUGUAUUAUGUAGAUUUGGAUGACCCAGAUUUAUCCAGAUACCCCAAGCUCUCUGCUAAGUGGUACACUCAAUUUCUGAAGGGCCAAAGAAACAUUUCAGAUAGGAUUAUUCAACUUGAGAAGAAUUUAUCAGCAUUUGCUACUGCUCAAAUCUUUCAGUAGAUUCAACUUUAUGCUGUAGGUAAUGGCACAGUGAUUUUAUUAGCAUUUAGACCUUCAAAAUAUGAAGGAGAUAUAUUUUCUUAAGCCAUAACUUUACAAAGUACAAAUUACACAAGCUGCAUAUGGUUAAUAUUUAUCAUACAGAUGAAGGUGUUUUGUGAGGA